AUGACGUCUGCCAUUGCGACAGCCACCUCUUCUGCCAGUGCCUCGCCAUCCGAUUCCGUCGUCCUGCCUACCCUGAAGGUCAUCGACCAGAAUACACCUCUCACCUUUACGAAGCCCUCGAAGCGCAUCAACGAGGGCCACGACGUCGCCCGAUUCCUCACAAGCCUCGCCUACCGCGAUAUUGGCAUUUUUGUCUUGCAGCUCAACCGCGCCCUAUGUCCGCGCCAGCAGCCCGGUGCGUCGUCGGCGCCCGCUCGUGUCUUCCCUCUCACCCCCGGCUCUCCUUCCUCCUCAUCGCCCAUCCUCGCCCUUCAGGCUCUACUCUCCGAGAUCAGCGAGCUCGUCGAGCUGGCACCCCCAGACCCCGGUCCUCGAAGAUUCGGCAACGUGAGCUUUCGCACGUGGCAUGCUCUUGUCGAAGACAGGAUCGAUGGCCUCCUGAGCGGCGGGUUGCUGGGCAAGACGCUGGACCUGGCCGCCGGUGCGGCCAGGGAAGAGGUCGGCAGCUAUCUCAUCGAUGCCUUCGGUAGUGCCCAACGACUCGACUACGGGACGGGCCACGAGCUCAGCUUCCUCGCCUUCCUCGGUUGUCUGUGGAAGCUGGCCUUUUUCCAGGGCGAGAAUGACGACGAGGAUAUGGCGCGUGAAAUCGUCCUCAACGUCAUCCAGCCGUACCUUGAAGUUGUCCGUAAACUGAUCCUCACGUACACCCUCGAGCCCGCCGGCUCCCACGGCGUCUGGGGUCUCGACGACCACUCCUUCAUCCCCUACAUAUUCGGCUCUGCCCAACUAACGCGCCCGAUCGGCUCCUCGGGCACCGAGCCGAUGCCUCUCGAGGGCUCCGUCGCCGGCGCCCCGAAGCCUAGCGACGUGACGAAGGGGGAUGUCGUCGAGGUCCAGCGCGCCACCAACAUGUACUUCUCCGCCAUCGGCUUCAUCAACGACGUCAAGAAGGGCCCCUUUUGGGAGCACUCCCCCAUUCUCUUCGACAUCUCCGGCAUCCGCGACGGAUGGGGCAAGAUCAACAAGGGCAUGAUCAAGAUGUUCAACGCCGAGGUCCUGUCUAAAUUCCCCGUCGUCCAGCACUUUCGCUUCGGCGAGCUCUUCUCCUGGGAGGAGGAUCCCGACGCAGCGAAACCGACGCAGAGCGUGCACAUGGCCAAUCAGCCUGCGCAGGUGCAAGCAGCCACGGCAAAACGGCCGAUGCAUCCCUUGUCCGGGACAUCUGCGCCGUGGGCGCAAGCAACCAAGAUGCCGCCGCCUCCCGGUCCCGGGAUCCCGUACUCCAGGGCUCCGCCAGGUCCGGCUGCUGGCUCGGUGACCUCGAGGCCGAGACCGCUCCGGGAUGAGACCUCGGGAACGGGAUUGACGGCAGCACAAACCUCGGUGACGAGAGCGCCAUGGGCCAAGGAUACUUGA